AGCAUGAAUGAUCCUCCAUCAAACGCCAUCCAAAAACCACCAGAGGGGGUCAAGUCGGGGCUGCCUUCGCUUCCGUGAUUAGUUGUUUCUUUCAUUUUCAUCAAAAGAUCCAAUCCCCCAUUUUUCAUUUUAGUGAAUCUUCUUGUUUUCCCAAAUCUCUACCUCCCUUUCCAUUUUCUCUACAAGACUCCUUCGAUUUCAAACCCUAGUCCGCCUUUUCGUACAUAUAUUUCUCCGACGGGAUACCGAUUUCUGGUUUCCAAUACCAUCGUCAAGAACCUGUAUAUCAAAGGAUUAUGGAUCGUUCUGUUAGCUAGUCGCUGAAUUAUUUUUUAUUAGAAGAUCGGAGUUUGUGUCUGGGUGGGUUUGUCGGGUUCGGGGUUGGGUUUGGAUUCUUCUGAGCAGAGCAAAUGAGUAAUCAAAAGAAGAGGAAUUUCCAGAUAGAGGCGUUCAAGCACCGGGUCGUGGUCGAUCCAAAAUACGCCGACAAGACAUGGAAUAUUCUGGAGCAUGCAAUCCAUGAGAUUUACAAUCAUAAUGCUAGUGGCCUUAGUUUUGAAGAGCUUUACAGAAAUGCCUACAAUAUGGUGCUGCAUAAAUUUGGAGAUAAGCUGUACUCAGGACUUGUUUCAACUAUGACUUCUCAUCUCAAAGAAAUAUCAAAGUCCAUUGAGGCUGCCCAAGGAGGUUUGUUUCUGGAAGAGCUUAACCGUAAAUGGAAUGAUCAUAACAAAGCACUGCAAAUGAUCCGAGAUAUAUUAAUGUACAUGGACAGGACGUACAUUCCAAGUACCCAUAAAACCCCUGUUCAUGAACUUGGGCUUAACCUUUGGAGAGAUAACAUAAUACACUCCAGUAAAAUUCAGACAAGGCUUCUAAACACACUUCUUGAACUUGUUCAUAGAGAACGGACUGGUGAAGUCAUAGACCGAGGGUUAAUGAGGAAUAUAAUUAAGAUGCUAAUGGACUUAGGUUCUUCUGUCUAUCAAGAAGACUUUGAGAAGCCUUUUCUGGAGGUUUCUGCUGAGUUCUACCGUGGUGAAUCCCAGAAGUUCAUUGAGUGCUGUGAUUGUGGGGAAUACUUGAAGAAAGCAGAGAGACGAUUAAAUGAAGAAAUUGAAAGAGUGACGCACUACUUGGAUGCCAAAAGUGAAGUGAAGAUAACUAACGUGGUGGAAAAGGAGAUGAUUGCAAACCACAUGCUGAGAUUGGUCCACAUGGAGAAUUCUGGCUUGGUAAAUAUGCUUCUUGAUGAUAAGUACGAAGAUUUGGGAAGAAUGUACAACUUAUUCCGUAGGGUUCCCAAUGGGCUCUCAACAAUAAGAGAUGUGAUGACUUCGCAUCUCAGGACAGGUAAGCAGCUAGUUACUGAUCCAGGGUUGAAGGAUCCAGUGGAAUUUGUCCAGCGGCUGCUGAAAUUCCGGUCAUAUUAUCUUGGGACCCAUACUGGUCGAAGACUGUCCUGGCAAACUAACAUGGGCACAGCAGAUAUAAAAGCAACAUUUGGAAAGGGUCAGAAGCACGAGUUGAAUGUGUCUACCUACCAAAUGUGUGUUCUCAUGUUAUUUAACAAUGCUGAUCGGCUUACCUACAAGGAGAUUGAACAGGCCACAGAGAUCCCUGCCUCAGACUUGAAGAGGUGUUUGCAAUCCAUGGCUUGUGUGAAGGGGAAAAAUGUACUUAGAAAGGAGCCAAUGAGUAAAGAUAUUGGUGAGGAUGAUGCCUUUUUUGUAAAUGACAAGUUCACAAGCAAAUUCUAUAAGGUGAAGAUAGGAACAGUGGUUGCCCAAAAGGAGUCGGAACCUGAAAAGCAGGAGACUCGACAGAGAGUGGAGGAGGAUAGGAAGCCCCAGAUUGAAGCGGCGAUAGUUAGAAUCAUGAAGUCUAGGAGGGUACUAGAUCACAACAAUAUAAUUGCUGAGGUGACAAAACAGUUGCAGUCUCGUUUUCUGGCCAACCCCACUGAGAUUAAAAAACGGAUUGAGUCUCUUAUUGAGCGGGAUUUCUUGGAGAGGGAUAGUACAGACAGAAAACUAUACCGAUACCUGGCGUGAGAAAGUGGCCCAAACACUUGUUUUGUUUCUUGUGGGAAGGUAGCAUUGGCAGUUGCAAUUGUACCUUAGGUGGUAAGUGGAAAUUUGUUUUUCACAGUUUCUGCAAACUCCAUUGUGUUUAAUUGGAUAUAUUUUUGUUCUAGCUUUACCAAUUGGUGUGGCAUGCAUUGUUUCCAUAGCCAGAUUUUAUAUCUGCCAUCACUUACAGGAAACUUUUAUUACUAAUACAUAAUCAUAAUUUCAUGAGAAA